AUGGACAAGUCUACUGAUACACAUGAUGAGGUUGUUUACAUGGGAUACAAUCAAAUUGUAUUGAAGUUCUACAAAGGCCAAGACCAACUGUUAUCAGGCAAGGAGCUACGGCGGGAGCAGAUUGUCAUCUCGGCAGAGAACUUCUGUGGGGUGGAGUCGUGCAUCCGGCAUCCCAAGAACCCAUUUGUGCUGACCAUCGUAUGCAUUAAUCAGAUUGUGCUGCUGUCGUUUGCUUGUCAUUCUGACCUUCUGGACUGGUUUUACAAGACACAUAAUACACUAGGAAGUGUAACGACGAUCAAAUGCAAGAUUAACAUCCCAAACGGCAGUCGUCUACGAGCAGGCCCUGGCCUCUUGUACUUCCAUGACAACCACUUUGCAAUCACCGAUGACGUGCCGUCACAACUUAUCGGCGGUUGGAGUCUCGCUAACCUAACAAGAUACGGUCUGAUCGACGAAGGAUUUGCAUUUGAAGUCCGAUCAGAUAAAGAUGGCGGUGCCUUCGUGGUGCUCACAGAGCAGGGUGAGACGCUUAAGUCUCACUUUGAUGCGGCUACCUACAGCAGUUCCAACAGGUGGUCCCACGUAUCUAGCACAGUUUCCAUUCAUGAGGAACUCAUUCCAAGGAGGCGCAACUUCUCAGAAGAAGUUCGUCACCUCAUCAGUGGUGUCCGGAAAGACGACAACACGUCAGAUGAUGCUGGGAAUGGACAUGGUGGAUCCCAGGCAGGGAAUAGUUGUACGGCACAGGCCAACAGUGCCGCAUUCCUGGAACAAUGUUCACAUCGGAAUAACACAUGCAAUAACCGUAACCAGACUAUGUCGCAUCUCCACAGAAAUGACUCAUUGGGACGCAAUGUUGAAAUGGUUGAGUUGGAUCACUCGGGAUUAGCCAUGGCCCAUGUCGGUUAUGGUGGAGGCAGUAGCAGCGGCAGCAGUGUGGAAACGAUAUUUAAUAACUGCGACAGUCUACGGUCUCCGAAGAAAACAACGCCGAUCCGUGAGCAGAACUAUGAGAUCAUGGCCUCAUUUAAUCAUUUAAGAGAACAUGAGGAUACCUCCAAUGGAAAUGAUCCUCACAUGGGAGAGUUGCAUGAGGCAUGCUCCAUUUGCCAUGGAGGCAGAAAACCCCACGGGGUGGACAGCGAUAAAGAAGAAAAUGAAUAUGUGAAUCUGCCACCUCCUAAAAACAAGAAGUUGAAGCCACAGGGUUCGGCUGAUGGUUUAAUGCAAUUGUCCGAGGACAGACCGGAAGCGUCUAAGAGUCGGACGCCCAAAUUUUCCAGUAACGCCGCACACGCGCGGACAAUGAGCUUGCCACUUAAUGAAGAUUAUCUACUUAUGAAAUAUAACGAGAAUGGAAACUCUAAGCCAGGAACAAGCAAGGCAAGUAAAGGCAGAAGCCUGUCAGUACAUCCCUCCAUGGAGCGUUCAGACUCCCUUCCCCCACCGUUUGACAAUCUUGUCCCCGCUAGUACCCUCCACGGUAUGCUGCAGGAACUACCCGAUGCAGAGAAAGCAACAAAUGAACGAGGGAAUGACAUCCCGGUUCCAUUCCAACAUGGAGACCUUGUGAAGCCUGUCGGACCCAUCGCUAUGCUGAGACUGAAUAGUAUUUCGAGUAGUAGUAAUGAGUCAGUCAGCUCAGCUUGUGACUCGUUACUCGACGCUAGAACAAGCCGUGGUGCAUCGUUCAGCCGGCCUCGACAAUCCUCGAUAGGGUCGACUUGCCAAAGGGCUUUCUGUAAGAGACAAUCCCACAGUCAAGACGAGCGUUCCUCGUCCCCGCCUCUUCUUGCAUCCACCAUCUCAUCUCGAAGUUCAGAUCCUGACUUUCAAAGUAGGUUGUUGAGCCAGAAGGAUGAGGACCCAGAGGCUUUUAUUUAUGUGAGGAAGGGAUCGGUGGAGAGAAGACCAGAGAGCAGGCGACCAGAGAGUCCCAUAUCCAGUGCACCGUCUGUCACGUCUUACAUCACCCGCAGGAGACAGUCACUUCAAAGGGCAGAAGGUUCAAUAGAUGAUCCAAAAGUGAGUUUACCAGAAGACAAAAGUAUUGACAGCUACACAAGGCGUAAGCGCUGUAACACGGAUCCUUCCCUGUCAUUCAGUGCUGUGACAGACGGGACAGUGUGGAGUCGCGACCCAAAUGAUGAUGAAGAUGACACUGACGGAUACCUCAUCAUGAAACCAGUUUAUGAGGAGAAACUCAAGCGGUUUCAAGCCAGGAAGUUCUCCAGCCCUGUGCUCCAGGGAGUCCCCCAGAGCCCUCUCCAUUCCAACGAUAAACUGCCCUUUGUCCAGGCCAAGUUGAAACGUUCUGCAACGGUCAGCGGAGAGGUGAGCUCGCUAUCACCCCGCCCAAAUCACAGGACGAUGAGUCUCCGGGAACGCCCACCUAGAGUCACUGGAACCCCACCCAGGGAUCGUAAGAGCAGCAUGAGCUUCAUGGAAAGGUUUAUGCGCAAACGAGGAAACUCGGCGGGUGUGGUUAAGGUGGACUCGUCACGCCCCCGCCACAAGCAUAACUACGCAAGUAUUGAUCCUGGGGACGUCGUUAGGCAGUCUCGACGAGCCAGCGCCCAGCCAAGGAUGCAAAAUCCCAGCUCUUCGACAGAGGUGGAUAUCCUUGACGACCCCGAUUUCAACGACAGCGUGAGUAACUUCAUCCAAGAGAAUCCACCUUCUAUGGAUCAGGAUGGUUAUCUCGCUUCUACCUCUGCGCCGAGCAGCAUGCAGUUCAACCAAAUAGAAGCUAGCAAGAACACCAAGCCCAACAGGGGGCAGGAUGGCGGUAUCCACUUUACUGCGGACGUGGACACCGUUGUGUUCAGUCAGGACAGGAAGACGGAGAGUUCAGAUGAGUACCGGAAUCUUUGACAGAUGCUACUAUAUUCUGUCCAGUAUAUUUCUCAUUUUGAGGCUGUCAUGAUCAAAUAAAAUCUGAUCAACCGUUUAAAGUGUGAAAGACAUUCAGGUGGGAAACGUUAAACAAAACGAAAUGACAAGAUUUUUCUUUACAAAAUCUGCACCACAAAAUUUUAAUUGUAUCUCACACAUUUAUAACAACACUUUAUUCACAAAAUGUAUUCGAUGCCCAACUUAAUCAAGCUACAGUAUUUUUGUGCACACAAAGCCUGCACAUUGUACUUUCUUCAUAAAAAUGUACUGUGUUGUGUUUGUAGUCUAUAGGCUGACGUAAAAAGAUUUUAUAUACACAUGGAUGAACUCCUAUUUCAAAACAAUCUUGCAAUUUUUUAUCGACAAUUUGUCAUUCGGUUGCACCGAGUACAUGUACUCUUCCAUGGACCAAGUGAAUGUUUUUUUAUGUACACAGAGAUGUUCAUGUGGUAACGUUUAUGGAAAAUUUAGCAGCCCGUGACAGUAAAACUUGUAAAUCCAGUUGCCUGUGUGUGUGUGUGUGUGUACACGUAAUGUUGUCUUUUGAAUAUUGCUGAAAAUCGUAUAGUGUGACUUGUGUGUGGAUAUUGUAUUCAGAUUUGUUGUGUAAAGCAUUCAUUGUGGAAAGCCAUUCACUGCAGUACAGGGAAGAGGCUAUGUAUGCUAAUGCGUCUAGACUGUGUUAUACACAACUAAGUUUAUAAUCUAGUACCCUGGGGGCAAGGGUGAAUAUCACUAUAGAAUGGGCCACCACAUUAAAGAGACCAGACUAACACCAGUUUAAAUUUUGGGCAGAGUUUAAAUUAAAAAAGAAAAUUCUCUGCAUGUUUUUGAAAGUUACCAACACAUCAUUUUUUAAUGAAAAUUCAAAUUUGGUUUAGGUAUUCAAGAAUCUGUCAGUAUGAGGUAUCCAUGCAUAGCUAACAGCAUUCACAGUCUAUAGUAUGUGUUUGCAAACAUAGUUAAAAUGCAUGAAGUGAUAAGUCCACGCCCGACUUAGUGCGAAAUUGAGAUGUUUCACCUGCGCUGAAUUUGAUGCGUUAUUUUAUCCCUCUCUUAAGAAGUAGUCUUUGAAUUAACACUGACUGUUGACUCAGUAAGAUUCUGUUUUGUUUUGAUCUUUUGGAUGAAUGAGGCCUCCCACAUCCGCCCCCCCCCCCCCCCCCCUUCUCUGCCCUCCACAUGAGCUGUUAUCGGGGCUUUAUUAUGCAUACAGGCUCUCCUUUAGACAAAAGCAGCGUACGGACUCUCUGACUACACACAGCAUGUGCACUGAGUUAUUUGUGUUUACCACACGGCCGUGUAAGCAGGCAAAUCCUUGAUGGGAGGUUGGUCAAGGCAGUAAAUUAUAUCCGCCUUUGACUUUGAUUCCUUUGUCUGGCAAUUGGCCCCAGGCCAACAGUUGUUUACGCUGUAAUGUUUAAAGAGCAUGGUGGUCACCACGGAGCAUCUUAUUUUUCAUCCAUUCAAGGCGAAUUUUAAUCAAGAGAGCAAGAAUAGUCUCGAAGGCUGACUAUAGAUCCAUCUUUCUCAUAUUUUGUUUUCCUCGGUUGAUGGUGAAACCAUCUGCUGGGAAUUGUUCCCGUCCAAGGAGCAGAGGGAACACAAACUAUUAGGGUUUCUGUCUUGAGAAUCGCAUCAAAUUUGAUUAACUUAAGUGAUUUUGAAAUUUUAUAUUUUGACGUGCGCGUAAGAGUUAAAUCAGUGUUCAGUUUUAAUUUUCAUAUAUAUGCCAGAAAAGGAUGUUUUGAAAAUGAAAGUCUAGGUUGCACUAUCGUGUUACAUGUGUGUGAAACUUAAGCUCCUGAGUAAAUUCAAUCUAGCUGUUGUGUACUGGUUGAACCAGGAUAUGUAAUGCAGUAUGGGUUUGGGAAGAUACAGUGUCCGCAACGAAAAACAAGAAGCUUAUGGUAAUUUUGCUGUCUAGAAAUAUGGCUGGUGACUUUGAUUUAUGUACAUAAUAAAUGUCAUUAACUUCUGGUAGAAAAGUUGCAUACAUUUGCAUAUACUUUUAUGAGCAUUUCCGUUUUCUGUCUCAAAUCUUCCUGAGAAGUAAAAUGGUUUUACUUAAUGUAUGCCAUCCACAUUUUACCACAAUACUGUGUGUAAACAUUUCACCGCUGGUUCGAUGUCACUAAACUGAAAUGUGUCCAGCAGCUGCUUAUAAUUAUCGGCAUUGGCUCAUCCAGCACACAAAUAUACAAGACCAAAAUAGCCUUUUGAAAUUUUACAACAACAGGUCACCUGUGUAUAUAGAGUACAAUGGCAAAGUUAACGUCUUCUUUUUGGUUGUCUGUAGAAAUCCAGCCAAACAUUUAUUGUAUGGAAAGCUUUCACAUGAAAUUAUCUACAGGAAGAGUGCAUUAAUAUCAGUUUCCUAAUGUUAAAGGAACACGUUGCCUUGGAUCGGACGAGUUAGUCUUUUAAAAGCAGUUGAAACCGUU